CCAGCCUCAUCCACAUAAAGCAAAGAUAUGCAUGUGGAAAUAUCUAGAUGUUCACUGUAUGGAUCUCAUCAACGAGACCCAAACCACCGAUGAUUUGAAGAGCCUUCUUGCAGAGCUCCUGAAUCUGCAGGAUUUCCACUCCAACCCACGGUCCGCUAUCUUACUGGAUCUAUAUUUCUACACCAUCCAGUUCAGCCGGGAGCAGAGUUUCAAUCGGGAACAGACCUCAGCCUUCUUCUCAAUCGUGAAGGACGUACAUGAGGCUUGUGUGGAAACACCCCUGCCCAAUGUGGAGGAAUGCUACAACUAUUUCUCCGAACUGGUUUUCUGCCACUCUAUUCGGAGACCCCCCUUCAGCAUUGAUCUCUUCAAUCAGGACCAGCUGGUGCUUAUCACAGAUUACAUGAUCAACACCUACUUUCGCCACUACAAACUUUAUAAAUAUGCUUUCACACCACAGGUGCGACUGGACAUCUCAUUUACCUAUAUUGGGAUGCCUGAACCAGAGGCUAAAGAUGAAGAACCAAUGGCUGAGAGUGUAGAAGGAGGUUUGUCACCUUUGGCGGAAGAAACAGAGCAGACACUGGUUACACCUGAAGAAAGUCCAACUGCUGCCCUGCGGGAGUACAUCUCAACCCAGCUCACCCAGGAGCUGGCUCAGCUGCGCCUUUCGGUAGAACAACGUCUAAAGACCACAGAAGAGCAGUUCAAUGCCAAACUAGUCCAACUGGAGAAGGGGAGUGGUUCUGGCAAGGGAAGCAAUAAAGGCAAGAAAAAGUGAGCAAGCUCGGAGUGGAGAAGAGAAUAAGAGGAAACCUGAUUUAGAUUAGAACCUGUUUACUUUGCCUUUGGAGCUCUCAAAGAUCAUUAAGGAUCCAUUCAUAAACCAUGCCAUAGAUGAGAGGCAAGGAGGGUAAAGAGAGCUUGUGAUAAUACUUUCAGACCAGCGAUGGGCCACUUGUGGCCCUCCAGAUGUUGGCCUAUAACUCCCAGACUCCUUCACCAUUGGCUAUGCUGGCAAGGGGCAGACGGGCGUGGUAGUCCAACCUUAGGAGGUUCACAAGUGACCUACUCAGGUUGGAGAGCAGGCAGCAGAUGGAUUUCUCAGUCUUUUAGAGUGCAGAGUCAUUUGUGCACAAUCCCUAGAGAUACAUCUCUAUUAGAAAAUGCUAGGUACAUGCUGUGAAUAUGAUGUGAAAUCCUAAUAGCUAAGAUAUUAAAGAGCCUUCGAACCAAUCAGCAGUUCCUCUCUCCAGUUUCUGAACCUGGCCUUUUCUUCAGCACCUAAACUGUCUUGUAAAACUGUUGUGUGGCUGGAAACCUUUCCCCCUCAACUACCAGGAUUCCUGAACAUUAGGAGCAUCAUCUGGAAUGUGGUUGUGCAAGUAGCAAAACAGCAGCCAGGUGGUCCUUGAGACUGAGGUGGGCCAACUGCGGCACUCCAAAUGUUGGGCUCCAGCUUUGACCCACCCUAGCCAGCAGGGCCAACAGCAAGAGGGGAUGGGAGCUGCAGCUCAAUGACAGCCAGAGGGCACCAGGUUGCCUUCCUCUGUAUUUUUUAAUGGAGUGGCUACCAAGUGAAACUGUGCUGGUGGCUUUUUCCAGACUUUCCUUUAAGCUCAGUUCAGCUUAAUGUUGUGCAAAUUCUGGAGCCAUGUACACACUCUCUGCUCAUCCAGCAUUACUAUCACAACACCACCCCCUCCCUGCCCUCCU